AUGAAGGUACCAUUGACGAAAAAUGAAUCAUAUAGUAAAUAUUCAUGGAAAGAAAAAGUAGAACGACAAUUAUCCACUGCAAGAACUAAGUUUGGUGAUGGAGAGUCUGAAGAACCUAUGAGCGAUUACGGUAGUGAUAUUGGAUAUUAUGGUGAGGCAACACUUGGAGAACAGAAGUUUCAAUUACUUUUCGACACUGGUAGCGCAGACUUAUGGGUUCCGCGAAUAAAUUAUAAUCAUGGGAUGAAAACUACCCAUAACACAUUUGACCCAGAUAAAUCACCAACUUUUAAAACUCAUAAUAAAAAAUUUUCAAUUACUUAUGGAAGUGGAAAUACUUCAGGAAUUUCUGCAACUGACACAUUUAAAAUUGCUGGAUUUACCAUCAAAAAUCAAACUUUUGGUAUAUCUGACGUAGUUUCUUCUGACUUCACUGACGGGCCAUUCGAUGGUAUUCUUGGUUUGGCACUUGAUAGCCUAAGCUCAUUACAUGCUAAAACUCCAUUCCAAAAUUUAAUCGAUCACGGUGAUGUUAAAUCUCCUGUAUUUAGUUUCGUACUUGGUAGUUUAAAAGAUGGCACAAAUAGAACAGGCAAUGAGCUCAUUUUUGGUGGAAUUGAUCCCAAAUAUUCCGAUAGUAUCUCUUAUAACAGCCUUGAUACUAGUAACGGGUUCUGGCAAAUUGUCAUGGAUGAUGCUCUUGUGAAUGGAAAGUCACUAGGAUUAGAAGGAAAGUCGGCCAUUAUUGAUACCGGUACAACUCUUGUUAUCGUUCCACCACAAGAUGCCGAACUUGUCCAUAGUUUUAUUCCUGGCGCACAAAAUAGUGAUGGAACAUAUUUAAUUCCAACUGAUACUACAGCUGUAGUAUCUUUAACCUUUGGUGGAGUUACUUAUAAUAUCAAAACAGAACAUUUAGUUGUUGAUGACGCAGGAAAUGGUCUAAGCGUUUCUGGUAUCCAAGGUGGAAGUGUAACUGGAUCUGAUGACGUGUGGUUAGUUGGUGAUGUAUUCCUUAAAAAUGUAUGUAGUGCAUAUGAUGUCAAAAACCGUGCUGUAGGUUUUGCGCCAUUGUAA